UUUCCCAGUAUCUAGUUUAUGAUCAUGGCCUUUUGUACAUUAUUUUCCAGAUACAAUUCAUCAAUGGAAGCACACAUGGAUCAGACAAUUCCUGAGAGAAUCUGCUUCUGGGGAGAGACUGAGCCUGAUACGCCUGCCUUCAUUUUCUGGAGCAAGGAUGGCAGACAUGUCUUGUCACGGGGAGAAGUCCUGGAUCUGUCUAGUAGGUUUGCCUUCAGACUGACUGAACUUGGUGUUCAACCUGGAGAUGUGGUGUGCAUUGCUCUUCCCAACUGUCCAGAACGAGUCAUCGUAAGCUUUGGUGUACAAUUAGCUGGAGCUGUGGCUAUGAACGGCCAAAUUCUACGUUCUGAUGGUCAAGAUAUUAUUGAAUCCAUGCGAAAGGCGAACUGCAAAACUUUCGUCACUGAUCCAAAUCAGGAAAAUGGGGCUUGGGGUAUAUGCAGUGGGUUUUUCGAGGUCGUAUCGGAUGGAGAGUACAGCUCUGAAAUCAAAUGUGUCAAUGUGCCAAGUCUCACGAAUGUGGUAUAUUGCAAAACAAAGAAACCAGAAUGUGAGUUUCUCAGAUCACUGCCUUCAAAUAAUAGGUAUGUGAACAACAAGAUGAAGCCGUCAGAUGUUGUUCAAAUAUUCACAACAUCAGGGAGUUCAGGAUACACGAAGCUCGUCCAACAUUCACACAAGGCCCUUCUGAUGUUGGGAAAGAUGUUCAUUGAGAUGAUGGGUGAACAUGGCAAAUAUGAGAAUUCUGUUUACAAUGCUGCUCCACUUGGUUGGGCUGGAGGAUUCCCAUAUUUUUUCCUUCUAGCUGGUUGGCAACAGAUUCUAAUAAAUGAUUCUGUUGGGGUCCCCACAGACGAUCUCCAGUUCGUAUGGAACAUCAUCAGUCAGGAAGAUAUCAGAAUAGCAAUGCUUUCAUCUUUCCAGAUUACCGGCAUUUGCAAAAGAAGAGACAUAUGGGAAUCAAAAAAUCACAAACUCUAUCUAAUCGGGACUGGUGGGCAGCCAUUGAAGAAAGGAAGUCUUGAAUCCAUUGGGCAACUUACUGAUGCUGUCUUUAACGGUUAUGGCUCGACAGAAGUAGGGGUGGUCAGUUCCAUUAUUUUCAAUGAGGAGAACAUGUGUGAUUUCAAGGAAAAUAUAGUAGGUUUUGCAGCGUCAGGCGUGGAUGUAAAAGUUGUUGAUUCAAGAAUGGUUGAAGUUCAACCCAAUGCUCAUGGAGAAAUCCUCAUACGAUCAGAGACUGUAACUAAAGGAUAUCUCGGAGACCCACAUUUAUCAACCCUACAAGAUGGCUGGUUUCGAACAGGGGACCUGGGUUAUAAAGACACCAGAGGAUGUUUGUUUAUUGAAGGCCGAAGUUCUGACGCCAUCAUGCACGGCCCCUACAUCCUUUAUCCAACAUGGCUUGAGGAGAAGCUUGCCAAAUGCCCUGGGAUUAAGCAGAACUAUAUUGUUCCUAUUCCCGACAAGGUUCUCCACCACGAGAUAUGUGCUUGUGUCCAACUGGAAGAGGGAGCCAAGACGACUCAAGAUGACAUCUUACACUUUGUGAAAGGGGAAGUUGGUGCAGGCAUUUCAACAGCUAUGAAUGUUGUUCCAAAGUAUGUUGAAUUCUUUGACACGUUUCCUGUUCUGAACUCUUUCAAAAUUGACCGAAAGCAGCUGGCGAAGCUUGCUAUUGAAAGACUGCAACUGUAGCUGCUGUGUCAGAGCUGAAAUUGUUUACAAGCGCUCCUAAAAUGUCUUAGUAUAAUUACUCCAGAAACGAUGUUAUCAUUACUCAUAUUGACUGUUGAGAUAUUAAUCCAUUGACUCACACCUUACUGCAUCAUUUUCAAAAUUAUGCCAUAACACACCCUUAUGUUAUUUCAUCAUUUAAUUCUAAUCAGAACCUAGCCCAUGCUUUUGCCUCAGAAGAAUAGAUACUGAGAU